CUCCAUGAUAUUGGGAUCGGAGCUCUGUGGGGGCCAGACCAUCAGUGGCGGGACUCUCCCUUCUUGUUGCUGGUGAACAUACUUCAUGAUUUUGAAUAUUUGGCCUCACUGUCCUGCUGCAUUGUGAAUAAUAAUGGAUAACAGUGUAAACAUCUAAAGUGCCCAAAACCUUUAUACCGCACUGUACGUGAAUGCAAUAUAAACUAUUCUGUACAGCGAAGGUCAAACAUUCGUUUUGAGUUUAUGUAGGGAGUCAACGGGGUCAGGAUUUUCUGCUGCAGUUACAUCGAAUCAUCAGUAGGUGUCGCUGUAAACCCUACGGCUUGUCAGGCCAGAAGCUCAAAACACGGCGAGUGAGUUAGGAGGAGUGACGUCAUUGUUAGGGUAUUUUCAAGAUGGCGCUGGACCAAGGCCGGAAUGCCGCUACUGCAGCCAGCUAGACGCUGGGGGGUUUAAUUAAUCUUAUUUACCCCGCUGGCGACGUUAUCUCCGCAAGACGGGGCAAAUAUUGUUAUUUUAGACACUGGAAAUGAACUUGUUGCAUCCGGCGAGCGCCAGGUAACGAUAAAGUAUCCCUGGCUAAAAUGGUAGCCCCUUCCUCCAAGAAGAACAAAACCUGCUACUGCGGAGCUCGGCCGACUGGGCAGGAGGACUCGGUGCAGGAUUCUACGCCCCGGGCCGAGGCUCGCUUGGCGGACUGAGCGAUCAUGGAAAAGGAGAACGGAGGGUCGUUUUCCGUCGACUUCAACGAGAACGAAGAAGGAGGAGGGGGGGUAUCGCGCCACAAAUCGUACAUCGCACUUAAAGACCGCAGCAUAGCGCUGCUAACCGGUGUCAGCGGGGGUCAGGAAGCUGGGAAGGGUCAUGUUUAUGUGACCGCUAACACGAGGUAUGUAAACAGAGACGCCUUGGCACAGCCGCCCCCACACAACAGGGCGAUAAUGUUGGAUUUGGUCGCGGCUGAGAAGUACCUCCCCGGCCAGUUCGCUGACAGAUAUGUGAUUUCGGAGGUUUGUGUUGACCACGGCGGCCUGAACGGAUUUAGUGAGUCACUCGGCCAGGACGAGCCGAAGAUGGUGGGGCUGGAAAGAGGAGGAGACGGUGCAGGAGGAGGGCUCGGACUUACAGGGACCACAGUCGCUUCCUGUCCAGCUGUGCUCCGGGAUCGGGUUUCAGCGGAGACGGGCCGAGAGAUGCGGCAUCGCCCUGCGGGGGAGAGUGAAGGGGAAAACCCGGACUCUAACGACACUACCCCGGGAGAAGAAGCUGCGGGCGGUGGCGCAGUGACCGGCGGCGCCAGGACUUCUUUCCGCCAUGAUCGACUGCCAUGCGCUGUGAAGCACCAGCGGACCCGCGCUUGCACCGCACAUCCAGAUGUAAGCAUGUCCAACGGGGACGUUGACAACCCGGGGUUCCUCGGUCCCGAAGUGGACAUCGCUUAUUGUAAAGAGACAGGAGUGCGUCCCAGCCCGUCCCUGGGCCGGAGACUCUGUUUAUGUGACGUAGACUGUCAGGAAGUGAAAGUAGCCAACGGCGGUUUGCACAUAGUGAACACGGCGUGUAACCGGCCCGAGUCCGACUGCUCGCACGAAGAAAGCACCGACAUCCACUUCGACCUGCUGGCAAAGCAACAGAACGGGGACGGGGCGAGGUUUUGUAUGAGGGACCAGAGGGACUGCAGUGGGCUUUUGGCAUUUCAGUGUCUGGUGGAGGAUGCGCCAGCUGCGCCUGAGCUCCCUUACUUCCUCGAUCAGUCCACCCCGGUCCUGUCCAAGGACUCCCCCACUUUGGGAUCAAGUGCCACACUCCCUUCACCCUGCCCGUCAACCCCAUCCAACAGUGACAGCCCGCCUUCUGAAUCCCACACCAGGGAGGAUGAGGAGGAUUUCAGUGGCCUCCGUUUACCCGUCAGGCCGCACACUUUGAGGACUAACCCCAACCUCGCCGUGUCCCUCAGCUGUGAUGCCACCCCGUUGUCCCCCGAAGAGGGUGGAUGCUUUUAUUUUGGAGAUGAGGGGUAUGAGGAGAACAUUCGGACUGCCUUGGAAGCGGGUCGCAGGCAGAGCGCCCCGGACAAGCUGCCUGACCCGGCUGAACAGACCAGCAGCUCGGACCCCAAGCUGCUGCCUAAGAGGUUCGGCAUCGCAGAUUUCUUCACCAGGAGCCUGUUUACCCGGAAAGCCAAAGAGCCUAAGGCGCUUUCCCAUAAUGCAGCAGGGUGGCGACUGUUCGGCAAGACAGCAGCCAGAGUGGGCGAUCCAGCGAGAGACCCCGCCUCCACGUUGUCCACACAGCAGGAGGAGCAGGUGAAGGACUCAGGUGUGUCCUCAGGUCCUCAGUGCCCCCUGGCUGCAGGGAGGAGGAAGAACCUGGAGUUUGAGCCUCUGUCCACCACAGCCCUCAUCCUGGAGGACCGGCCAGCGAACCUACCUGCCAAAUCUCUGGAGGAAACUCAGAGACACAAACUGGAGUAUGAGGAAAUGGUGGCAGGAGCCAGGAGGAGAGAGUUGAAAGAAGCACAGAAGAAGAAGCGUCAGAUGAAGGAAAGACACAGACAAGAGGACAGCAUCUCCAACGCCAUGGUCAUCUGGAACAACGAGAUCCUGCCGCACUGGGACACCAUGAAAUGCACGAGGCGGGUUAGGGAGCUCUGGUGGCAGGGACUUCCUCCCAGUGUCAGAGGACGAGUGUGGAGCCUCGCCAUCGGCAACGAGCUCAACAUUACGCCAGAGCUGUACGAGAUCUUCCUGUCCAGAGCCAAAGAGAAGUGGAGGAGUUACAGUGAAACCAGUUCAGUGAACGACAGUGAGAGUGAUGGAGGCGCAUCUCUGGCUGACAGGGAGUCCAGUCUGGACCUGAUCAAACUGGACAUUUCCAGGACCUUCCCAUCUCUCUUCAUCUUCCAGAAGGGCGGACCGUACCACGACCUCCUCCACAGUCUACUUGGGGCUUACACCUGCUACAGACCUGACAUCGGCUAUGUCCAGGGCAUGUCGUUCAUCGCCGCUGUGCUGAUCCUCAACCUGGAGGAGGCCGAAGCCUUCAUCACCUUCGCCAACUUGCUCAAUAAACCCUGUCAGAUGGCCUUCUUCAGAGUCGACCAUGAACUGAUGCUGAAGUAUUUUGCAGCCUUUGAGGUUUUCUUUGAGGAGAAUCUGCCUCGUCUCUUCAGCCACUUCCAGACCAACAGCCUUACCCCUGACCUCUAUCUCAUCGACUGGAUCUUCACUCUGUACAGCAAGUCCCUCCCUCUGGAUGUGGCGUGUCGGGUUUGGGACGUCUUCUGCCGGGACGGGGAGGAGAGUUUGUUUCGGGCGGGGCUGGGCAUCCUGCGUCUGUACGAGGACAUCCUACUGCAGAUGGACUUCAUCCACAUUGCUCAGUUCCUCACCCGCCUGCCGGACGACCUGCAGCCACACACACUCUUUACCGCCAUGGCCAACACACACAUGAUCAGCAGAAACCGGCGCUGGGCUCAGGUGUUUUCUGCACUGAUGAAGGAUGGAAAUAAAGAGGUGGACAAAAACUCCAGCCCAGCUUUGAGAGGCUAACACUAGCCACCCUCGACACUAACGCCAUCUUUCUUCAAACUAAUGUCAAACACUAGCUGUGAAGCUUGACGCUAACAUCAGAGGCGAGUUGUGCGGCUUGAAGCGAACGUGAGCCAGACAUGAAGGAAGACGCUGAACAAAUGGAGCUGUUGGCCUGCUCGUUCCAGCUGGUGGAGGAGGAAGCUGCUCCGGUGUUUCCUGAAACCUGGAACAGAGCAGGAAAGCAAAGCAGUUGGUCAGUUCUGAACUCCACAGCUAUCGUCAGUAUUUCACUCUAACUGGGGAAGUGACUGGUUGUGUUCACCAACCUGCCAAACGUGGAGAAUUCAAACCGACUUUCAGAUUAUGUGUUACUUCCCCUGCAGGUCAGUGUUUGACCUCUGGGGACAUGAAGGCCACUAACCCUGAGCGUUACACCCUGUGUGUAACUCAGAGACUCCAGAUUUCGGUGCUAAUGAUUUUCUAACAGCUUCUGAUUGAUUAAUGUAGGUCAUUGUAGGUUUGUUUUCACAAUAUCAUUAAUCUGCUGCAUUUUUAGGUUGAACCAGGCUUCUGGAGUUAAAAAGGUCGGGACUCUGCACUAGCAUGGCUGCUGCUAACGUCCUGGUUGUAGUGGUUAGUUAGCCUCCCAGUUAGCCUCCCACUUUAACCUUGUGGUGUUUUAAACUUUUCAGCAGUAGGCAAAAAGCAAAACAGGCCCAAUGAAAUCAUUUUGUAGUCUUAUCAGUGACCCUAGUCACAGACACAGUGACUAAAUGUUUAGGGAUUUUGAUGUUUUUACAGGAAAUUAGUUUCUCCACGGUCCAUUAGGCCCAAGAGGUUUUUCCUACAUGUGUUAAUUAAAAAUUUAUCCUGAAUAUGAACGUAAACCGUUAGGGGUCGUAUAAAGCAGAAAAUGAACAAUGACGCUGUUGCUGUGUAACCAGAAAGAUUUUUCAGUCUGUUUAUCACAGCUGGUGAUUGAUCGACGGUGUUGAUUUUUAAAUCUGAAGGAGCUAAAAAGACAAGUGUCCACUUUCCAUAAUGUUAUUUGGGUCAGAAUUGUCCAUAUGAGUCUUGUGGAAGCUCAGUGAGCCAACAGUAAAUGAAGACGCGUGUUUGUACUGUAGAAGUGUGGGGCCGUCGCGGGUUCAGUCAGUGUUUUACAGAUUCAGAUUUACUCUCAGAGCACUUUAUAUUUGCAGCACUGAAGCUAGACGGUGAACGGCGGCUGUGGUGUAAUCAUGUGAACCUACACAGAGCGAGUUCACAACGGGACACAAAGACUUGCUGUUUGACCUGUCACUGGGGAGAGGGAGUUCAACUAGACCACUGAGUUUAGAGCACAAACAUGAGGUCAGACGUCAUGCAGAAUACUGGAGCAACAAUACAGCUUUGCUUCUAGCUCGUCAGCAGCAGACUGGAGGGUUAUAUCGCUGACUAACGCUAAGUAAACGCCUGCAUGUUGCAGCAUUUUCAUAGGAGAAAGUGAAAAUUCUUGCAUUUCUUUUUUGCUAAAGCUGUGAACAAAAGGAGCAGGAGUGAUAAACUCUGCUUUUACUUGGUUUGUUGUCUGCUGCUCAGGCUCCACUGUUCACGGGCCAAUUAGAUCUCACAGCCACAUAAAUGAUAAUCUGUUGUAAAAUGGCAAAUAUUCUUUGGUUCCAGCUUCUUUAAUGUGAGGAUUUACUGCUGCUGGAGGAUGAUGUGACAUAUCGAUGAACUGGGGCUGCACCUGGCCCCGACUGUCAUCAUUUGAUCAAUUUAGUCUAAAAGAAGUGAAAGUGUUUCUCAGAGCGUCGAGUGAAGUCUUCAGAUUAGAGCAACUACUCAAUUAACCAAUUAGUUGAUGGUCAGAAAAAUCAUCAGCAACUCUUUUGGUAAUCAAAUUGUUCAAGUUGUUUUUCAAGCAAAUAAAAACUUGAGUCUCUCAAAGAUUUUCUUCUGUUCUCUGUUUUCUAUCAGUGUAAAGUGAAUAUCUGGGGGUUUUAGACUUUACACCUGGGGAUGGAUAUUUCCCUCUACUUUCAUACAUGUUAUAGACUAAAUGAUCACUAGAGAAAAUAACUGGCAGAUUAACUGAUAAAGGAAAUUAUUUCCAGACCUAAUUCAACAAACAGUCCUAAACCCAAAGAUAUUCACUUUCCUGUCAGAAUAUAACGUUAAUAUAUGGUUAUCAGAAAAGUUGCUGAUUGUUUUUCACAGAAGCACAUUGCAUUCAGCAAAGAAAAAUAAAAUCUCAUCAUUAUGACUUACUAUUUCACGAUAACUUGGGGCUUAACGCUGCAGAACCUGACAAUCAUAAGGAUUUCACGAAUUCUUUAGUAUCAAACUAAUUCAGUAACAGUCAGUACAUCCAGUAGUGCACAGCAGAAGUGAACUGUUAAUAGCUCAUUCCAUGUACUUGGUGUUCCAAAACAAACAACUAUAGACCACAAACGGGUGGUGCUGCCUACAGGGUUACUCACUAUAUACACAUGUACUGAGCAGGAGCUUCAGAACCUGCUUGAGAAACACUGGGGUUGUAAUAGUUCUUCAGUAUUAAUGUAAUUCUUUCAGUACAUACAACAGCAAAUGUAGGUUAAAAACAGGGCCCACGCUCGUAUCUAUGGCAACAUUAUCGCCUAAAAGUAGGAUCUGUGCACACGAUUAAACUUCUACGUACAUUUUACAGUUUGAUGUGACAUAUUCUAAAAUACUAUGUAAAAAAUCUUUUUUAAAAUAGAUGUUUAAGCUCAUAAUCCUAUAGAAGGCCCAGCAGCCAGUAGGAUCAGCCAGUAGGAUACCUGACAUUAAACAGGCAGUAACGCCUCUGUCCUCUUUAAUAUCAACAAUAACGGCCAAUGACAAGAUCCUGAACUCUGGAUCUUGUAAUUAUGACAAAGCAUUAAACGUUAAUAGUCAUCACUUGUGAUCAGAUGUAGUUAAACCUCAAUAGAAAACAGGAAGUAGGCUUUCAGGCUAUGUAACGUUGCCAUGGAUACAGUGCUGUUUUUAAUCCCACAGCCUGUUUGUUUCCAUUUUGGAACACUGAGUAGGCUGAAUCGGCUCUUAGCAGGUCACUGUGCUGUCAGACUAACAUCAACAGUCUAAUGAAGAGAAAUGUUUCUCAAAGCUGCUCAGUGCACGUAUAGGCCCAUAGUGAGUUACACUGUAGACAGCAGCUUUGAGGCCCGUCUUCGUUUUGGAGCACUAACUAUGCUGAAUUAGUUAACAGUUCACUUUUGCCGUGCACUGUUGGAUGUACUGAUGACUAUCACUGAACUCCUCUGGUACUAAACAAUUUAAAACCCUACGUUAUCUCAUAAUCACGAGAAAAAGAGCUUGUAGUUAUGAGAUCUUUUCUCAUAAUUAUGAGAGAACAUCCUCCAUUUUCUUCCUUGGUGAAUACAAUGUGCUUCUUUAGUUUUCAGAGCUGAAACAGUCAGAUAAUUAGAUUGAAGGAUAAAAAUACUCUUUAGCUGCAGCUAAAGCAUGCACCAUUAUUCUGCAGAGGUCACCAUCAUGUGCACACACACGUUGUCAUUAAAGACGUGAUCUAAAAUAACUGUUAGAAACCCUGAACGGAUCUCAGAGAUGAUGCCUCGGCCUGCUAAAGAGCUCUACACAGCUUCUGUCUCUGCUCUGCCACUUUGUUUAACACUCCUUUGGUUUACACACACUCCCAUCUCAUCCCUGUCCCUGGAUCCAAACACAUACUACACAUCUUCACUCCUGAUGACGAGUACUUUCCAGUUACCGACCAGCAGAUGAGCAGGCCUUAAGCAUGUGCUGUCCUCUCCCAGGCACCGUGCUGUGUGUGUCACCGUGAUGUCAAAGCAGAGACGAUGAGUAACCCUGCAGGGAAGGACGGGGAGACGAACCACCAGACGUUAGCUGCAGCCACAAAAACAGUGAAGUUUCUUUUACUGUAGUUUUUUUAAGUAUGUGUUAUGUUUAUCAAACUAGAAAUAAAAUGAACAUUGUGAAGCAGAGAAGAGCAACAAGACAGCGAGUGAAAGCUGCAGUGAAGCAGGUCCAGACUGUCACUGCUGCUGUGCAGAGUGACAACAGAGUGUUAGUACUGUGAGAACACAUUGGAUAUGAUGAGAGGCAGUGACAGGCGCUGAGGGGCGGACUGCUGUUUUCUGCAUCACACUGGUGUUGCACCAAACAUCAGCCAUCUACAAACCAGUAUACAGGUUGACAGACCAGUCAACGUGCAGCUGUGUUAGACACUGGUUUAGAUACAGUGUGAAAACCACACAAACUCCUCGUAACUGUUCUCAGCCAAUCAGGAUCUUCUCAAAGCUAAACUUGACCAAAGUGUUAAUUAAGCACGUGCCAAUAGAAGAUAACUGGAAUUUAAGUCAGAUGUUAAUGAGCUUGUUCCAGACUGAGUCAAAGACACGUGCAUGUCUUUGUGUAUGGGAGAGCGUCGGCUACAGGUGCACACUGUUUUCUCUCACAGCACUUUGAUGUAUUUCAGCUUUUCAAGGUGUUGCUGACAGUUGAGCCAGUGAAAACCUUUGUGUGUGUGUGUGUUAACCAGCACGCUGCUGUUUGUAACAGACCACAGUAGGUGAACUACAAACGAGAGAGCGCUCUCUGAACACACUAACUACACAGCGGUGAACUUGCACUAAUCAAGAGGAACAGGCUUGUGAACAAAAUCAGUUCCCAUUAAUGAAUCAAGUCUUCACAUCAGUGAGCAGGUCGCUCGCUUCUCAGCAUCAGUAACAGACGCCAACCGGACUAACUGGGACCGGGGCUGACCUAGUACACAAACACUAAAUCCUUUUUAAGCCUCAUACAGUCAGGACACAUUCCUGUCACAGCAGGAACCGUCAGUUUGUCUGGAAAGACAAAAUCAGGAGACAUUUUGCAGCAUUCUGACCAUAAGUCCCUGCUUCAGCUGUGCUUUUGUUGGAGUCUGACCAGAAUCCAGCUGAAGCCCUGGUUUCUUCACAUGCUCAUAGCAACCUGUUUCAUUCAGCUUAAGGCUUAGUUUUAGUUGAGGAAGACAUUAACAAUGUACAAAAUAAAUCUAGUUUUGUUCCUACUUGUUAGCGGUUUUUAUGCCCUAACACAGUGAGAGAUUAGAGACCAGUGUUACUGUUAAAUCGCACACUAACAUUACACAUCACAUACAACUGAACAAAUUAAAUACAGAAGUGUCAAACAGAAGUUUUCAAACUUUCUCUGGGUCCGUGCUCAGUCAUGAUCCGUAUUCCUGCAGACUGGACGACCUAAACCGAGGUGUUGAGAAGUAAAUGUGUGUUGAAGAUGAGAGAGGCUUUCGUCAGCCACAGCUCCAUAAUUUACAGAAUCAAAGUGCAAUAUGGUCUUUGGCAGCAGACGCAGCCAUAACUACCCAGAAACGCUCCCUUGGUUAUCGAUGAGCUGUUCCUGCAGCUGCAGAGGAAGCUGAGAUUAAUGUGAUACUCCCCUUUUUAUUUAAGUUGCAUCAUUGCUCUGCCUUGUAUUUUAUACUACCAUGUACAUUCAUUUAGCUUUUUGUACGUAUUAUUGUUUCCUGUCAAAUUUCAAUGUACAGUUUUUUCAUAAUGCCUUACAGGUGGUGUAAAUAUAAAUUUCAUAUAAUGGUCACUAAUUAAAUGUGUCAAGUCUCUGAGCAAACUGUCUGGUUUUAACUGAACCUGGAUCAGCCGAGCGCAGUAGAGGAACAAAUAAUGUCACA